GCGUUGUUCUGCGUGGAGAGCUGGAGGCACCUUGUGCGGAAGGUUCUCUGUUUUGCUUCCUUCUUAUAAUGGAGGACAGUAGUUGAGCUGAAUACGACGUAGCUUUUUUUUUUAGCUAAAUCCCACCACACACAAGACAUUGGCCCAGGGCAGGCUACGACCAAUGCGCACCUCCCCGACGACUCCCUAGAUUUCGCAAACAACCCAUCUUGUAAGCAAGAGCCUUAGGAAGAUCUAAGAAUAAGGCGAUCGCAUGUUUGCGGCAGUCGCACAAUGCUUUGGCGCAUUCUUCACUAAAUCGCACCCUCUCAAACGGUACAGAGACCGUCUCGUUGGCCAUGAAGGCAUCUCAACGCUCGAUCCUUCACUCCUCCCAACUGCGCACAACGACCGCCGCCUCAUAUUCAUUGGUGACGUCCAUGGCUGCUUGGAAGAACUCGAGCACUUGAUUCGCAAGGUCGGCUUCAAUCCACGCAACGACCACCUUAUCUUUGUUGGUGAUUUAGUCGCAAAAGGCCCCUUCUCACUCGAGACGAUUGAUUUCAUUGAUGACUUAUCGCAUAGCGCUUCAUGUGUGCGCGGGAAUCAUGACGAUAAACUCUUGCAGUGGCAUGCGUAUCUUACGGAACGCAGCAAGGAUACCGAUCUGGAGGAAGAACGUCUACCAGACGGACUGAGUCGACGCGACGAACACCGCUUACUUGCCAAGAACCUCACACAAUUAGAAACAGGCUACCUCGAAUCACUCCCGUACAUUUUGCUGAUUCCCAAAUCGGGCUCGUGCCUGAAACGCAACUAUUUGGUUUGCCAUGCAGGUCUGUUGGCAAAUGUGCCGCUAGCGAAGCAGAAAUGUUGGGACGUGAAUAACAUGCGCAAUGUCACGCGCCAUGGUCAUGCAAUUGAUGAUCGUGAGGAGGGCGAAGGUUGGUUCCUGGCGUGGGAGAAGGCCCAGUCGCAUUUACCAUCGCAUGAACAAGUGACGGUUGUCUAUGGCCAUGAUGCCGGUCGUGGUCUCAAUAUCAGGCAUACGACACGCGGCUUGGACAGUCGUUGUGUGCGCGGUGGUCAGUUGACGGCUAUGGUCGUUGAUGCGCAUGGCGAGCACUUCGUCCAAGUUGAGGCAAAGAAGCGAUACGAUUGAAUUUGGUACUUCUAGCGACGGCAACAUUGUAGAAAUCGUUUUGAUAAUGAUAAGAGCAGCUAGAGUAGAAAAAAAAAGGCUG